GAUCUGCUGCUGCUGCUGCUGUUGUUUUGGUAGUGUCAAUAUUUUCGAGUUUUGCGCGAGUGAGAGAGAGCCGAGAUUUUUUCGAAGCUUUCGGCUGACGCGUUCUUGUGCGCGAUUAGUGUGAAGGCGAGGAUUUGAGAUCGUUUAGUGUGUGUUAUUUUAUAUAGGACAGGAUAAAGAGGUGUUUGUUAAAUUUUAGGUUUUUUUUUUUGUUUUGUAUUGGAUCGGAGACUAGACUAUUUUUAGAACACACGCGCAAUAGUAAGUUUCUUAUUCGCUUCAGCUAACAGAGGGAGAAUUUUCUUGCUUUCAACUGUGAUUUAUGUUAGAUUUCGAAUCGCAAGAUUGAAUAUCGCUUUUAGAUUGAAGCAGACUUUUGUUUUAAUAUUCGCAUAAAAAUUAGAUAAAGAAGAAAUUAGACGAAACGAAAUUGGGUGAAAUAUAAGUUCGAACAAAUUCAAAUCUGUGGGAUAAUUGGGUACUGUAAUACCGAUCGAGAAAAAUGCACUCGUUAUCCACAGUCGGUAUUGUCGGUAAUAUUGAAUUAACAACUUGUAAAAGUAGUAUCAAAAUCUAGAUGAUACGUAAACAUCAGUGACACACUGGAGUUUAACAAUAUAUGGAACGACGGAAUAUCCCACGCUGCCUCAACUUACACGGCAUAUAAAUACUCUAUUCAAUGUAAACUAUCUAACCUUGCAUAUGUUAAAUUUCUAUAGACUAUAAAUGAGAUUUCUAUAAUGGCAUAAACACUCGCAAAUGGUGUUUCUCUACAAACCUUAUAUUAUUCAAAUAUAUUCAUAGAUCAGUUGGAUUAUCAGUAAAAAAUAUUAUUAUUUAAAAAAUAUCCCAAAUGAAUUCAAUAGAAAAUAAUUAAAUAAUAAUAAUACAUCCCCUAAUCCAUUCAAUAUAAUUAACUUAGGCAAAACCCAUGUGCGGACUCGAUCCCGUUUGGCAUCUGUCCGGUGCAGCUGGCAUAGGUGCAGCCGACGCAAAAUACGCUCGGCUCUAUUCUUACCUCUCUGGCUCCCUCCCUCUCUAUCUCCUUAUACUUCCUUUCUGAUGGAAGUGCACCAAACACCCGUGGCUGCCCACUCUGGCUCUCCCUCUCUCCGGAUGCACAUGCGUUGACGCUGCAUAAAUCCGGUCGGAGGUGGCGCUGCCUCUACUGCGCCCUUUCCCUGAUGUAAACAUUGUUGUUGUCGUUGUUGUACGAUAAUAUCUAAUCAACUAUAUUACCUGCAACGAUAAAAAAAGCUCCCUCUAAAUUUUACGAAAAAAAAAAGGCACGCGAUGCGCAAGAAGAAAGAAAAGUCACAUUUCGAAGCUAUAGCUAUGAACGCGACGCAGCCGGCCGCGCAAGUCCGAUGCAUCACCGCGUACACUCCAUUGGGUGAAUCGGCAUCAGCGCGCGACCCAUUCAUGCUCUCUCUCUCUCUCUCUCUCUCUCUCUCGCGGCGCUCGAGAAAUCGUAACAGCAGCUGCUCUCUCAGUGCGUGAAUUGACCGCCACUGCAGCAGUUCAGCAGUAGUCGCCUUCCCUUCCCCCCGCACACACACACACACACACACAAAUCCUCUUUCUCUCGUAUACAGAUCCUGUUGCGUGUUUAUUCACAUCAGUAGCAGCGCCGUAAAACACGCGUCAUUGUGUUCGCGAGGGCGGGGGCGUCACACGUAUAUACCAGGCCGCCCAUCAGCUCAGUGUUCUCUCGGCUAUCAGGCCGUUCGCGCGCGCGCGCGCCUAUCCGUGAUAUACUUAUGUGAAAUAUUAUCGUAUACACAUCGCGCUGCAGUCGCGAGGAGUCCGAGGUGGCGGCCGACGACCGACUAUAUAUACUAAUAUUAUAUAGCAUCUACACGACGUUGUUGGGGAGUGAGGAGGACGGAGAUAUAUAGCGUAAACGUUGGCCGAUUUGAUUAUUCGACUGAUACCGCUGCAGCGAGAUAUUAUAUUGGCCGGCUCUCGCGCUUGGAUAUGGCUUCCUUAUCUCUGCCCCGAGUGCUCCAACAAAGAAAGACCAGUCUCGAUUUGGAGAGAGAACAUCACGUACAGCUUUGCAGAUAGUGCAUGUCACCAAAAAUAACCCCUUGAUGAGGCAUCCUAGAUUAUUGGGGUGAGAGGAGCGUAUAGACAAGCGAAUGAGAAAGAAGACAUUGUUAUGUGCUCUAAUCUUCUGAUUAUCAUUUGCUCUGCUGUUCUUAUUUUAUCGUAACCUUUGUUGACGUAUUGCACAACUAACAUGUCUGUUUUACCAUUUGACGAGAAGCACAUUCAUCAAUUGAGUACUAGCAUUGCAAAGGCAGUAAAUCCAUCCGAGACACGUGUCAAAGAGAAACAUGUGCGCAUUGCAAUCAUUGGUACGUUCAAAGAGAAAGGAGCCAAUAUUUUUUGGACCUAUGUCUUGCGUCAACAAUUGCAAGAGAACCGAAUCGUAGCAUGGAAAUUUUGUCAUGUCUUGCACAAAAUCUUGCGCGAGGGUCACCCUCGCGUCAUUCACGAUUCGCAACGACACAGGGGAAAGUUGGAAGAUAUAGGAAAACUUUGGCAGCAUUUGCGAGAUGAAUAUGGUCGCUUAAUACAUUUGUACAUACGUCUCUUGAUAACUAAACUAGAUUUUCAUAAGCGUAAUCCUCGCAUGCCAGGAAACCUUCAAGUUACUACAGAAGAACUUGAAGCAAUUGGGGAAAAUGAUAUAAAUGUUUACUUCCAAAUGACUGUUGAAAUGUUUGACUACAUGGAUGAUAUUCUUAAUCUACAACAAGCUGUUUUUGGAUCUUUGGAUUUAUCACGCUCUAAUUCUAUGACACCAUGUGGCCAGUGUCGUCUUGCUCCAUUGAUUCCAUGUGUUCAAGACGCAUCUCAACUAUAUGAUUACUGUGUAAAAAUGCUUUUUAAAUUGCACAGUGCUCUUCCUGCCGACACCUUAGCCGGCCAUCGAGACCGUUUUCUUAAACAGUUCCGAGAUCUGAAGAGCUUUUACAAUACAGUUAUGCACAUGCACUAUUUUAAGCACCUUAUUACAAUACCAACAUUGCCAGAGAACCCACCCAACUUUUUGAUACAAUCUGAAUUAGGAACAUACGUAACACCAGUAGUAGUAUUACCACCUGAAGAACCUCUUGAUGCUGAGGGAUCCUUAAUUGAUACAUCUGAUACCAAUUCAUUACCAGGUGAUCAACAGGACUCAACACAUAAUGGAUCUAUUUCACCCGAUGCCUUAGCAGAAAGAGAUAGUCUGAUUGAGCAUUUCCAUCAAGAAAACGCAAGACAACGACAAGAAUUGCAACGUUUUAUGACUGAACACCAACAUGUUGUUGGAGACUUACGAAGCCGCAUUCUAGAACUGGAAUCAAUUCUUUCAGCUAAGGGAAAUGAAAUUCUUCAAGAGAAACAGACUGCCCAGGAUAUAUCUAAACAAAAAGAAGAAGUAUUUCUGCAGUUUACUGCAGCUCAAGAAAAAGGUAAAGUUAUAGAAGACAAAUUCCAAAAGUUGAAAGAAGUAUAUUCAAAAUUAAGAGAGGAGCAUAUUAAUUUGAUUAGAAAAAAAGCCGAAGUUGAUAAACAAUUAGGAAGUAUGAAAUUAAAACUAGAUCAAUCUGAAAGACGAACACAAGAAGCCGAACAGCGACUUCAGGAGCAAGUGCAAGGUCAAGCCACUGUUGAGCAGGAAGCUCAGCGCGUUGUUCAAGCUCGAGCCGAUUUAGAUGAAGUUAGAAAGGAAUUCGAUGCAGCAAAAACUGAAAACUUGAGUCUUCUGGCCAAAAUAGAUUUCAUUUCGUCCGAAAAAGCUGCUGUUGAGGGAGAAUUGCACGACUUGACCUCUCAGAAAGAAGAACUAGAAUUGAAAAUCACAAACUUGCAAGCUGAAGCAGAGCGUUCCCUCGCUCAAGUGAAAGCCGACUCAGAUACGGCCUUGUACGAUUUACUUUUGGUAUGUUUGUCGGAAGCGGAAGCAAUUUUGCAAAAUGCAAUGCACGUCGUUGAUAAUCCAGCCGUCUCGGCAGUCACUUGUACGCCCGAUUACCUUGGAAGUCUUCUCAAGCCUACAGAUGAAGCACUGAAUGACUUGAGCGCGGCAUACAGCAAUUACAUGACGGAUAACUCACAAAGAGGACAAUUAAUACGCAAUGCUAUUCAUACUGCGUAUACUCUUGCUAUAUACCUGAUGCAAGCUAAAUUCACUUCUAACACGUCUAAGGAUAUUAGUUUUGGAGACAGAUUAACGGAUGAAUGUAAACAAUUGGGAUCUCAAGGAUUAAUCAUGAUAAGUUACAUAAAAGAAAAAUCUCCAUCAACUACAGAACAAGUCCAAGUUGUCAGAAAACAAUUGGAAAAAAUUUCGAAUCUUGCUGACUCCUUGUCCAAAGCCUUGGGCAAUGUCGAAGUGAUCGGUGAUCUGGUUGAAAAUGAAUUGACGAGCAUGGAUAAAGCUAUCGAGGAAGCUGCUGCUAGAAUUCAAGAAAUGCUGGACAAAUCGCGCGCUGCUGAUUCAGGAGUGAAACUAGAAGUUAACGGCAAAAUUUUAGACUCUUGUACUGAAUUAAUGAUGGCCAUUAGAAAUUUGGUAAAAAAGUCCAGACUGUUGCAAAUGGAAAUCGUUGCGCAAGGCAAAGGAACUGCUUCUGCCACUGAAUUUUACAAACGCAAUCAUCAGUGGUCUGAAGGUUUGAUUUCAGCAGCUAAAGCUAUUGCUAUGGGAGCUAAUUUCCUUUUAGAAGCCUCGGACAAAGUUGUUUCUGGAAACGGCAAGUUCGAACAACUAGUAGUGGCUUCGCAGGGCAUAGCUGCUUCCACCGCUCAGUUAGUCGUUGCAAGUCGAGUAAAAGCUGACAGAAAUAGCAGUAAUCUAUCGGCACUUUCGGAAGCUUCUCGUUUGGUCACACAAGCCACCGGAGGUGUUGUAGCGACUGCUAAAAGUUGCAGUCAACUCGUCGAGGAUAACGAAGAUAUGGAUAUUUCUGGACUAAGCUUACACCAAGCUAAAAGAUUGGAAAUGGAAGCUCAAGUUCGUGUUUUGGAACUGGAACAAGCUUUAGAGACUGAACGGUUAAAAUUAUCAGCACUGCGUCGUUACCAUUAUCAAAUGGCUGGUGAAAACGACGGAUAAAGUAAGGUAAACUUUAAAAAGUGCGUUAUACAUUCAAUAUGAGCUAAAUGCAAAAAAUGAUUAACAAAGUGUAAAUAUUGGAAUUUUUUCCAACUAUAAUUGUAAAAUUUUUCUAUUGAUUUGAUGAAUUAAUUUCGAUACAAGCAAUUUAUUUGUUGCUCGCAUGUAUUUGAUUUCAUUUCUAUUUUAUAAAUUAUUUUUUAAGAGAUGAUUUUAUAUCAUGAACGAAGCUUAGAAGUUGAAAUUAUUUUAAAGUUAUUAAGUAUUGCAGAUCCUAAGCUUCUAUUGAUUUCUUUCUUUUAAUACAAAAAUGUGUUAAACUUGAAUAGAAUAUUUUUUUACACAUGAAAUUUAAUUAAAACUUUUAAAUGACAACAGUUAUGUAAUCAAUUGACAGUGUUGCAUAAAAAGGAAAAGAAGUGAAAUUAGAAGUCACCUACAUAAUCUGUAUUCCUUACAGAAUGAGUAUAUUUUUUGAAAGUACAGUCAGUGUAUUUUAUUAUUGAAUUGUAUGUUCUAUGAGUAUGUAAAAACAUAUCAAACAUACAUCUUCAACAAAAAUUAAUUCUCUUAGACAAACUGGUAUAGUUUGAUUUUAGGGAAAAAUUGCACAUCACUUUUUUCACGUUUGUUAUAAAAAAAUUUAUUAAAAUAAUGUUUGCCAACUUCAUCGGAUCAUUAACUAAAAAAAAUCCUUAUUUAGUGAUCAAACAUAAUUAUACAUUGUUAGAAAUAUAUUUUAUUAUAUCCUAGUAUAACGGUAUCGUUUAAAAUAAUUAAAAAUGAAAUGAAAUUUGUUUAAUUUUUACUUUAUCAGUUUUGAUUGUCCACUAAAUUAAAUACCUAACUAUUUCAUGCAUAUGCAUCUGUUUCACGAUAAAAGCAUUUCAAAUUGCAUGUAUUGUUAAAUUUUCCAGUAAUCGGAAACAACAUUAAAAUGUUACUACGAAAAUGUGAACUUCUGAUUUAUAAUAAUGUGUUAUAAAAGGAAGCUUAUUACCGAUAAAUUAUGAAUUGUAUAAAAAUAUUGAUAAUAACAUAAACAAUUAUAUUAUUUUAAUGCUCAGGUGCUUGCAUCACAUUGCAUGAUUAUAUAAUGUAAUGUAUAAUGAUUUAAUUGUGUUGACCAAAUAAUGCAACAUUUUCAAAGAAACGUGCCUUUCUAAGUUGAUUUACGUUUAAUCAUAAACGAAUCUAAUAUUGUAAGUAAGAAUUUGAUAAAAAAUAUUCACAAUGGUGCAGUUUGAUCGUCAUUAACUCGAUAAUCGAUAAUUUGUAUGAGCUUAAAAGAACAGAAUGUAUAAUAAAAAAAAAUUUGAUACCAUUGUCAAUCUUGAUUGAGUAAAUACUUAGGUAGUAUUAAAUAACAUUGCACCAAAUCUAUACUUGAGUUAGUUGUAAACCAAUUAAAUUAGAACUGAAAUUAAUAAAAUAACCAUUGUAAUUAAAACAACGAAUAAGUUACGAUCCUGUAUCCAAUGUUCAUUGUGUAAAAUAAGUUUCAUAACUUC